CAUUGUGUCCUCCAGCGAGUGUCGUACCUCUCCCUCCCUCCCUCACUAGAGGUCCAGGACGAGCAGAGAGGCCAGAGAAAAUGGCAGUGCUGGAAAUGAGGCUUCUGACGAUAGUGACGGUGCUGUCGACGGUGAAAAUGAUGGUGAGGAGUGACAGUCUCUCCUUCAGUCAUGGCGAAGACGAGGUUGAGGGCGUGGGUGAGGCCGGGCAAGUGGUGGUGUACAGGCUGCACACGGAGGCGCCUCCCUGGGAAGGGCUGACGUGGGUGCAGAGGGAGGUGAGUUUUCCUGGAGUGGUGACCCACCUCACUGUCUGCCUCCACUUCCGCAUCCUCUUCCUAUACACCGACCCGGCGAUCCUCCUGAGGGUGGACGGCACGCACUUCGCUGCCAUAUACGAGGGCAACUACGCGCUUUUCAACUCUAAAUACUUCUGGUGGACGCAGAAGGUGGCUAAGCUGCGGCUUUGGCGGCAUAUGUGCUUCCUAAUGGGGGAGGAGGCGGGUGUGGGCAUAGAAGGUCGCUACUUGCCCGGCGUCCGCCAGGGAGACCAGGGACAACCAACCCUCUUUGUCGGAUCGCGGAACCUGACCUUGGGGGUCCCGGCUGGGUUUACUGACCUUACCACCAUGGGACCUGUGGGCGCCUACUACACGCCACCUCGCGUCUUCUUCAGGAAGCUCUCAGAGGACGAGUUACUGGCUCUGGCUACCUGCACGGGAGUUCCUGAAGGAGAGGUGUUGGGUGAAGAGGAUGAUAAUGGUAGUGGUGGCGGAGAGUGGAAAAUCAUCUCCACUCAUAGAGAUGAAACCAAUCCCCGCAGCCACCACCAGCUACACCAGCACCUGCACUCCCACUACCAGCACCACCACAGGUACCAGGAGCAGCAGCCCGGCAGUAGUACAGGAGCUUCGGUGCGACGUAGAUCCUGGGACAGCGACUCCUAUGAACCACACAACUUAACCGGACAUUCGUCUGAGUCGUGGCCAGGGUCGCCAGCUGCUGGUCACUCAUCAGUGGAGGAGGUGCUGGGUAGAGUUGAGGCGCGGGUCGUGUGUUCUCCCCGACCCACCCGCAGGUACCUCCUGGUAGCAGCAGACAGGCACACCUACUACAUGGCAGAGAGACUCUGCGCUAUCUACGGGGGUACGCUACCCCCUUCCCUCACGGAAGACAUGCUGGAGGCCACGAGGGAGCUGAUGACUGAGUUGCCUAACAUGAUGCUGUUCGCCUGGAUCAAGUCAAGUGGUGUCAACAGCAGCAGCUGUAGGUCGGUCAGCCUGCAGCCCCUGGAGGCCGAGGCCCUAGACAUGUCCGUCUCUUGCAGCCACUUGGCUGACAAACUCCUCUGCCAGGUGCCUUGGUCGUCUCCUAUUGAACUACGACACAACGGCCCAGCAGGUGCUGAUGACCUUUUCUUCUUGGAGCCCCGUGGGAUAGAGCCCAGGUUCUUCUCCCCCCGAGGCCGCCAGAUAUCCUCCCCAGAGCCUGAAAGCCUUGCUCUUCAUGACUACGAGGGAGCACUGCUGGCGACUGCCACUAUGAGCACAUACAAGCCGAUGGGACGACACUUGUGGAGGGACGCUCACACCAACACCACCAAGACCAUGGUUCUUACUGUCUGCAAGCAGGAGGAAUUUACGUGCAACGACGGCUGGUGCAUCCCGUUGUCGUCUCGGUGCAAUGGUGUCAACGACUGUGGCGACGACUCGGAUGAGCUGUGUUCCGUGUUGUUGCCGCUACCGUCGUCUUACCGUGCUGACCGCUCCCCGCUUCCCCGGACACCACUGGCACUCACAGCCAAGCUGGUGCGGGUACACCAUGUUGAUGUUGUUAACAAUCACAUCACCGCCUGGCUCCAGCUCAAUACUCAGUGGAGGGAUGGACGGGUACUCCUGUCGCAGCUGAGUGAGACAUCCUUGGAUAACAUCCUGCCGGAGGAGACUGUCUGGAGCCCCAGAUACUCCCUCACCAACGCCGUCUUUCACGACCGUGUCUCCUAUGCUCAACACCGCAACUCUUUCCUGGUCACCUUCGCCUCUCGGGUCACGCGAGGCAAAGUUGACUGUAUUGACGGCUACGAGGGCUAUGUGUACAACGGGAGUACUGACGCCAUCUUGGAGCGCCAAGAGAACUUCAUGGCUGCCUGCAUCUGUGACUUCGAUCUCACCAACUUCCCUUUCGAUGUGCACGAGUGCCACAUCAACAUUUCAAUCAUCAACAGAGGCACUUUCCACUCCACCUUUGAACCGCAGAGUAUCUGGAUAAAGUCAGAACCCUCGACGCUGACGCUCUUCCAGGCCUCGGAGCUGCGGUAUGUGUACCAGCGGGAGAAUGGUUCCAUCUCUACCAUCAGCUUCAGGGUGUUGUUGAGUCGUCAGUUCGGAGCAUACCUGCUGACUACCUUCCUUCCUUGCUGGAUCCUGGGAAUCAUUGGUUUCACUACUCUCUACUUCAGAACCUCGGACUUCAGUGAACGGAUCAGCGUGACGCUCUCGUGCCUGAUCGUGAUAGCGGCCCUGUACUCCCAGAUCACUUUCACCAUUCCUCAGUCUUCUUCUCCCAAGGUCAUCGACGUGUAUUUCUUCUACUUCAUCGUCCGUCUUUUCAAGACCUUUGCCCACCACUCGGUUCUCUACCUGCUUGAAAACCGCCGCAAAAAGAGAGAAGAGAGGCAAAGGGUUGAGAAUGGAGAAGUGUCUACGACGGAGAACGGCAUUCACGAAGUCAGUGAAACGGAUCUAGACGGAGACACAUCAUCCGAAGUAGAAUCGACGGAUAUUAACACUGUUUUGGAGCUUAAAUACGUGUCAAGCAUUAGUUCCCAGAAAACCUUAGCAAAGAUCCCGUCUCCUGCGCCGAAAAAACCCCCUCCACAGUAUGACAGGAUCUUUAAUCUAGCUGGGAUCACCUGGGGUAUUGGCACUGACUUCAUCUUCAUUUCUGCGUUCUCCUACUGGAUCUUGAGCUCUAGACAGCGAGUCAUUAACACCUUUGAAGAGUCUCUCGUGUAACAGUUUUGAUUCCAUUGUGAAAACUGUAAUCUUAGCCGAAUUAUAACAGGUCCUUAUCAGAUAGGCCUAUCAGCAUAUUUAACAAGUGUAUAAAAAAAACACAUACUUUUCAUUCUUUUAUCAUUCCACUAUCAAAUUAGACCUUC